AUGGCGUCCACAUCACAUCCGGACCCCGAGUCGGGCAUCGCAGCCGGUGAUCUGAAAUCGGGUGCUUUGCAUGAGAUGAUCGCGCGCGACCUCCUCGAUGAACGAUACAAGGUCACCCAGCGCGGCCUUAAAAACCGUCAUGUCCAGCUCAUGGCCCUGGGAGGCACAAUCGGUACCGGUCUCUUCGUCGGAUCUGGUCAGGCUUUACAUAUCGGCGGUCCUCUUUCCCUCUUGCUCGGUUAUAUCUUCAUUUCUGUCCUCGUCUUCGCCCUUGUCACGGGAAUCGCGGAAAUCGGCGCCUACAUGCCCGUUCACGGUGGAACAAUGAGCUAUCAUGGCUUUCGCUACGUCUCGCGCAGUAUGGGGUUUGCAAUGGGAUACUUGUAUUGGUAUUCGCUGGGAAUUUUGGUGCCGUAUGAGGUUGUCGCAGCCUCCAUGGUCAUCGAUUACUGGCAUCCGAACGUCAAUUUGGCCGUGUGGAUCACCAUCAUGCUGGUUGUUAUCGUCCUUCUCAAUUGUCUACCGGUGGGCGUAUAUGGCGAAACUGAGUUCUGGUUCUCCGGCAUUAAAAUCAUCACCCUGGUCGGGUUGCUGCUCUUGUCCUUCAUACUCUUCUGGGGCGGUGGUCCCAACCGUCAACGCCUCGGCUUUCACUACUGGAAAGACCCCGGAGUCAUGAACACCUACCUUGUCUCCGGUGAUGCCGGUCGCUUCGUCGGCCUUCUGCAGUGCAUCGUCAAAUCAGCCAUCGCAUUCAUCUUCGCGCCCGAAUUAGUCGUCAUCAGUGGCGGCGAAAUGGAAUCCCCUCGUCGCAACGUCCCCAAAGCCGCCCGUCGAUACAUCUACCGUCUCGUCAUAUUCUACGUCCUCGCAGCCCUCGCCAUCGGAGUCAUCUGCUCCUCCAACGCCAAACAACUAACCGCCGGCUCCGGCACCGACGCCUCCUCCUCCCCCUUCGUCGUGGCGAUCUCCAACGCAGGCAUCCCCGUCCUCCCCAGCAUCGUCAACGCUGCGAUCCUCACCUCCGCCUGGUCCGCCGGCAACUCCUUCCUGUACAUGUCCUCGCGCUCACUGUACUCCCUCGCCGUCUCCGGCAACGCCCCCAGCAUCUUCAAAGCCUGCAACCGCUGGGGCGUACCGUACUUCGCCGUGGCCAUUUCCUCCCUCUUCUCCCUCCUCGCCUACAUGGCCGUCGGCAGCGGCAGUUACACCGUCUUCAACUGGCUCAUCAACUUCACCAACACCUCCGGCUUCAUCUCCUGGUUCUGUUGCAGUGUCGUGUACUUCCGCUUCAACAAAGCCGUCAAAGUGCAGGGCGUCGAGAAACCCUAUUCAUCGCGCAUGCAGCCAUGGGGUAUGUACAUCGGUCUGGCGGGCUCGACCUUCCUCGCUUUGAUCAAUGGAUUCACCUGCUUCUUUCCCUCCGAGUGGUCCGCCAGUAACUUCUUCACGGCGUAUAUCGGUAUUCCCGCGUUCUUGGUGUUAUAUGCUGUUCAUCGGAUCGUGUACUGGAAUGAUCCGUGGGCGUGGAGGAGUGAGGAGGUCGAUUUGCAUACCGGAUUGAGGGAGAUCAUGGAGGCGGAGAAGCCGGAAAGAGUUAGGGAUACGUGGUGGAAGAAGUUGGCGGUUUUGGUGGAGUAG